CUCGCCGUCGCCGUCAGUCAACCUCAUACCCCAGCUACAUCAUUCAAUAUGGCGGAGCAAGAAGUAGUCCCCCUCACGGCCGUGAAGGUCGAGGCCCUGGUCGUUAUGAAAAUUAUCAAGCACUGCUCUCAGACAUUCCCGACGACUGCGACCGGUUCGAUCGUUGGUAUGGACGUGGGCGGCGUUCUCGAAAUCACAAACUCCUUCCCCUUCCCCGUCGUCGAGGUCCCACCGGAGUCGCACUUUGACAACGCCGCGCCCAACCCGGCCGCCGCUGCACCCCGCGCGAAGGCGAACACCGUUUACCAGGCAGAGAUGAUCCGCAUGCUCCGGGAAGUCAACGUCGAUGCCAACAACGUUGGAUGGUACACAAGUGCGAACAUGGGCAACUUUGUCAACAUGAACGUUAUCGAGAACCAGUUUUUCUACCAGAAGGAAAUGAACGAGAGGACUGUCGCCCUUGUCCAUGACCCCAGCCGCAGUUCCCAGGGAAGCUUGAGCUUGAGGGCCUUCCGUCUCUCCCCCAAGUUCAUGGCCGCUUUCAAGGAGAACAAGUUCACUUCUGAGGAGCUGCAAAAAUCCAACUUGAAAUACCAGGAUAUCCUGAUUGAACUCCCCGUUGAAAUCCACAACUCUCACCUGAUCACCUCCUUCCUUCACCAGCUCCAGAACCAGUCCCAGUCGGCGCCUACUGACUUCCCUCCCUCUCUCGCCGCCCUGGAGAACUCACAAUUUGCGAAGCAACCCAUUCUGGCCCCCAACUUCGACAACCUCGCCCUCAGCAUUGACCCCUUCCUCGAGAAGAACUGCGACCUCCUCCUCGACAGCAUCGAGACCCACCACACCGAGACCAGCAACUUCCAGUACUACCAGCGCUCGUUCGCCCGUGAGCAGGCCAAGAUCACAGCCUGGCAAACCAAGCGCAAGGCCGAGAACGCCACCCGCGCAACGCUCAAGCAGCCCCCUCUCCCAGAGGACGAGUGGCAGCGACUAUUCAAGCUGCCUCAGGAGCCCAGCCGCCUCGACAGCAUGCUCAACAGCCGCCAAGUGGAGCAGUACGCUCGCCAAGUCGACAGCUUUGUCUCGUCCACAACGGGUAAGAUGUUCGCCGUCAAGGGCAACCUGCUACCCGGCGAGAUCGCCAAAUAAUUUACUGGAUGUGUUAUGGAAACGGGGAUUUGGGAUUCAUGCAUGACCUUACGGCGUAAGGAGGGAAAAUUCUUGUACUGACUGUUAAUAUGUCCCUUGUGUUUAUUCCAGUGACGAAUAGAGUUACGGGAUAUGUUAGAGAUGCUAUCUACAUGACUUGAAUACUCGUUCCUAUUCUACGUAUUCGUAGCUUUCUGUGAGACCUGCCAACUAAUUCAAUCUAUAUAGUAUCAUGUGUUGGAAUAUACACGUGAACAACACUGACACCCUAACCAACAUUAAACUUCAUUUUUGU